AUGCACUCUCUCUCACCAUCCAUCAAUCUCAAAUUUCUCAACGGUAAAAUCCUUACCUCACCCUCCUCCUCCUCCACCAAUCACCACCACCUUAAACCAAUCUCAGCCGUCGCCAACAACUCAUCCUACCGCAAAAAACAACAACAGCUGCAACAACAACCACAACAGCAAUUAUAUCAACCCUUCCGACCCCCACCAACUCCUCUCCCAUCAAGAUUCCAGAACCUCGACAUCCCAGGUCGAAUCGACAUCCUUUCUAACCGUCUCGGCGUAUGGCACGAAUACGCACCUCUCAUAACCUCCCUCAUGCGCGAAGGCUUUUCGCCUCCUACAAUUGAAGAAACCACCGGCAUUAGCGGCGUUGAACAGAAUCGCAUCAUAGUCGCAACUCAAGUUCGCGACACUCUCGUUCAGUCCAACCUCGACGAAGACAUUCUCUCUUACUUCGAUAACGGUGGCGCUGAGGUUUUAUACGAAAUUCGUCUCCUCAGCGGUCCGCAACGCGCCGCCGCCGCGUGUUUUCUUGUGGAGAAGAGGUAUGAUGGGAAAGGCUCUCAGGAUCUCGCGCGUGCUAUAAAGGAUUUUCCGAGUAGACGCGGGGAGAAGAAUUGGGAGAGUUUUGAUUAUACUCUUCCCGGAGAUUGUCUCGCUUAUAUGUACUAUAGACAGAGUAAGGAACAUAGAAACCCUUCUGAUGAGAGAGUUUCAGCGCUUGAAAAAGCGCUCAGUGUUGUGGAAAGUGAGAAUGCUAGGAAGGUUGUUUUUGAGGAACUGAAUGGGAAAGGUGAAGGUGAAGAAGGAGAGAUUGAAGCUAUUGCGUUGAAGGUGCCUGUUCCAGUGGUGAGGUUGCAGAUUGGUGAAGUGGCGGAGGCGAAUUCGGUGGUUGUUUUGCCUGUGUGUAAAGCUGAGGAAGGUGUUGAAGUGAUUUUGGCAGCACCUUCUGAGAUUAGGAAUGAAGGUGUGUUUGGUAUUGCGGUGGCGGAGAAAGGGUGGGAAAAAUGGGUGGUGUUACCGGGUUGGGGACCGGUGGUUGGUUUGGGGAAAGGCGGUGUAGUUGUGUCGUUUUUGGAUGCUAGAGUUUUGCCAUGGAAGGCGAAUAGAUGGUAUAAGGAAGAACCUAUAUUGGUGGUGGCUGAUAGGAGCAAGAGGAAAGUGGAGAAUGAUGAAGGAUUUUAUUUGGUUAAAGAUGAAGGGAGUGAUGUUGGUUUAAAGGUUCAAAGGGGUUUGGUUUUGAAGGAAUUGGGUGUUACUGAGUGUUUAGGGAAUGUUGUUUUGGUUGUUAGGCCACCUAAUGAGGAUAAUGAUGAUCAAUUGAGUGAGGAAGAUUGGGACUGA